CAGAGAAGUGUAGAUCACUGAUAGCUUAUCACCGUACCUUAUUUUAAUGUAUCAAAAAUGUUCACAAUAUCCAACCAACGGUCGUGUUGAGUGCGUUUAAAUGCGAAUUUAUUGUAACCGUUCUUUUUAAUAAAAUAAAAAUGAUUGUAAGGUUAUAAAGAUGUGGAAUCGGGCCGUUUUUUGUUGUGUGUUUUUUGUGUUAGUGUGUGCUCAGACCGGAGAUGAUGAUGACAAAUGUUUGGAGAUAGACUGUGUUGGAGAAGGAUAUGAAUGUAUUGAUGGCAUCUGCUAUUGUGCCAAAGGUUAUAUACCAAACCACUUCCAGGACAAAUGUAUGAGAUGUCCAGGAUUGGGAGAGACUUGUAUGGGACCGUGUUGUAACAUAUACGGGAAUGGGACCCUGUCGUGUUGGCAAGGAGUGUGCCAGCCAUGCUACGAUGACUUCGGAAAAUGGACUUGCAGGGAAUCCAUAGAACAAAUUCUUCUGAUUUCCAGCACCCAGGUGAUAAUGGGCGCGGCGCUCAUCCUCGGGAUUAUAGCGACGUUCAUACUCCUCUACAAACUUUGUGCUACUACAGAUAUAAGGCCCUUCGGAUCAGCAUCUAACAGUGAAGGCAGAUUGUCAAUUGGAAGUCUACAGUUGUAUGUUGACGAGCGAUUGCGAGAUGCUCCUCCAAGAUAUUCUCGGACACCGGCAGCAGGGUCAGCUACAUAUCCCGCCAUAGCGUUUCUCAAUGCUGGAUUUAUUCACGACAGCAGCAUCCCGCCUCCGCCUUACACGCCAGAAAACAAAACAGAAGACAAUCGGAAUACAAUCAAUCACAUUUGAAUAUCAGAACCGCUCAGUAUUGUUUUGAACCUUAGCUUACUGUAAAUUAAGUAGAUUAAUCUUUAACAAGUGAUCAUAAUACAUUUACUGUUCUUAUUUAUAUUUUUAUUACGUAAA